AUGGAUUAUACUCUUAGCUCUUUGCUUGCUAAAUCAUAAAAUAAAUAAAUGCAAGUAAUAAUUAUCAACAAUAACAACUAAGAUAAAAAGUAUUAACUUUUCUAAACUCAAUUAAAUUAAUUUUUAAAAUGUCAAGUAUUAAAUUGUUUAUUAUUGUUGAUAGAAACUUACAGAAAGGUAUGAAGGAUGCUUGAUGCUCAAUUCAGCUUAUUUAAAAAAAUAAAACAAAAGCCUAUAAAUUAAAAAUAAAUAAACAAAGAAUUCCUCAGUCAAGUAGUAGCUUUCAAUGCCUUAAUAAUUACACCUAAAGUUCAUAAAAUAAAAAUAAAGAGAAUUUGUUUAAUUUCUUUUUAUUUGUUUAACAAUUAUAUCACUCAUUGUAAUAAUUGUUGAAUAUCACUAUUUAAAUAAAUAAAGGAGAUUUUAUGAUUGUUGA